AUGAAACCCUCUAAUAACAUGAAAAUGAGUGGGCUGCCAGGAAAAGUUAUGUGUGUUAUAUGUACAUUAAGUGUAAUGCUUAUUAUUACCAAUGCUCAUAAGAUUAUUCAUAUAAAUAAAAUAUCUGUUGCAAGUGAUAAUCCAGUGGUUGACUAUGUGGAUGAUAAUAUAGAUUUAGUAAGAACUAAGCGUGAUGUGGUACAAAAUGUCUCGAGUUCAAGUGAGCCUCCAAUAACGUUGUCUACAACUAAUAACACUAUCAAUGUCUCAUCAGAGAGUCCCAAUAUAAUAUAUGAGGUUGGGCCAUCUAAUUCUUCAAUACUGUCAGUUGUCCAAGUAAAUGUGUCUUCAUCAGCUUCACCCAAUGCUUCAUCAAGUUCUUCAGACGUAGCUGCUCUCCCUGGGAAAGGCUCAGCAGAAGAUGAACAUAACAGCUCUAUGGCAAUUUUCUUUGUACUAUGUAUUUUGGCUCUUGGUAUAUUAUUGAUACACCUUAUGCUUCAAACAGGUUUUUCUUAUUUGCCUGAAAGUGUGGUGAUAGUAUUUUUAGGUGCUCUAAUAGGGAUGAUUAUUAAUUUAAUGUCUAUUAGAAACAUAGCAAAUUGGAGAAAAGAGGAGGCAUUUUCACCAACGGCUUUCUUUUUAGUUUUGUUGCCUCCUAUUAUAUUUGAAUCUGGCUACAAUCUUCAUAAGGGCAAUUUUUUCCAAAACAUUGUAUCUAUUUUAUUGUUUGCCAUUGUGGGCACAGCUAUAUCAGCAUUUGUAAUUGGGGCUGGAAUUUACUUGUUGGGAUUAGCUCAAGUUGUUUAUAAGUUGAGUUUUGUAGAAUCCUUUGCAUUUGGAUCUCUCAUAUCUGCUGUUGAUCCAGUGGCAACUGUCGCUAUAUUCCAUGCUCUGGAUGUGGACCCAGUUUUGAACAUGUUGGUAUUUGGUGAGAGUAUAUUGAAUGAUGCAGUUGCUAUAGUACUGACAACAGCUGUCCUUGACUCAAAUGAUCCUGUGAUGUCCACGGCAGAUGCCAUAUUGUCUGCUAUCAACCGGUUUUGGUUGAUGUUCUUUGCAUCAGCAGGAAUUGGGGUUCUAUUUGCUCUAAUUAGUGCACUUUUGUUAAAACAUGUUGAUUUACGGAAAAACCCAUCCCUUGAAUUUGGAAUGAUGCUAGUCUUUACCUAUGCUCCAUAUGUUUUAGCUGAAGGAAUAAAUCUAUCAGGCAUUAUGGCAAUAUUGUUCUGUGGUAUUGUUAUGUCUCACUACACACAUUUCAAUCUUUCCACUGUUACUCAAGUGACUAUGCAGCAAACAAUGAGAACUCUUGCAUUUAUUGCUGAAACCUGUGUGUUUGCUUACCUUGGACUUGCUAUAUUUAGUUUUCGACAUCGUGUAGAACCAGCUUUAGUAGUGUGGAGUAUUAUUCUAAGUUUGAUUGGUCGAGCCGCCAAUAUUUUUCCACUUGCUUUACUGUGCAAUAAAUUCCGCGAACACAAAAUAACUAAAAAAAUGAUGUUUAUAAUGUGGUUUAGUGGUCUGCGUGGCGCCAUCUCGUAUGCGUUAUCUCUCCAUCUUAAUUUCUCCGAUGAGACGCGCCAUGUUAUAAUUACGACUACCCUUAUAAUCGUGUUAUUUACAACUCUGUUCUUCGGUGGUUCAACUAUGCCGCUACUUAAAUUUUUGAGGGCUAACAAGAAAACCAAACGGCCUCGUUCGUUACGUAAACCCAAAGAAGUAAGUCUGUCGAAAACCAAAGAAUGGGGUCAGGCUAUUGACUCGGAACAUUUGUCUGAAAUCACCGAAGAAGAGCUGGAGGUGAAUUAUUCUCAUGCGACCAGAAUGAAAGGUUUCGUGCGCCUCGACUUGAAGUACCUAACACCAUUUUUUACUCGACGAUUUACACAUCAGGAAUUGAAAGAUUGCAAAAGUCAAAUGACAGAUCUGACAAACCAAUGCUUACAAAGAGUCAUUUAG